AUGAUCCUUAGAACACAAGGUCAGAUUGGGGAGCCAUCGCAAAAUCAAAUCAAAGUGGAUGGGAUAAAUAAACUUGUCAAUGUUGAAAACAAGUCUUCAGAUAAUGACACAAAGAGUACAGUAAAGGAUGUCACAGUAGAAAUAUUUGAGGAGAUCCAAACUACACGAGAGGUUGUAUCUAUUGGCUCAGCACCAAAACCACUCUAUACACCAUCUAAGAAACCUGAAAGAAAGAAUAAAAAUGAGAAAAAGACCGCAGAUCAUGCAGAAAGUAUAACCAAUACUGAAAUCGAGUGCAGGAAAGAGGACCAUCAAGCCCAAAUGGCAAAUGAAGAAAGGAAAGCCCGAAACUUGGACCUCGAUGAGACAUUAAUUAAAUUAAAAAUUGAAUAUUAUAAAAAAAAAACUUCUAGUUCUUGA